ACCGUCCGUCCACCACACCCACCCUCUCAGAUGUUACUGUCAUUAAAACGUCUGCCCCUUUUUAGCCAGCAUUUUUAAGGAGGGAAGUCCCCACAAAGAAAAUCUCCACAGUCCACUUCAGCUGCACAGUCAACCAGCAGAGAACAGAUCUAUUCCCUCACAGAACAGGAAGGUGAAGUGACCUGACGUCAAGAUGGCAGCAAAGGGAGUUGGCAUGGCAAACAAAGGUCCAUCCUAUGGCAUGAGCCGGCAGGUUCAGGAUAAGAUCGAGAGCAAGUAUGACCAGGAGCUGGAACAGAUUCUGGUGGAGUGGAUCAGCCGCCAGUGUGGAUCUGGCGUCGGGAAGCCAGAGUCAGGCAAAACUGGAUUCCAGGCCUGGCUGAAAGACGGCUGUGUCCUAAGUGAAUUGAUCAACAGUCUUUAUCCUGGAGACAAACCUGUGAAGAAGAUCCAGAGCUCAACCAUGGCCUUCAAACAGAUGGAGCAGAUCUCUCAGUUCCUCAAUGCAGCUGAGAAGUAUGGUGUCACCAAGACUGACAUGUUCCAGACUGUGGACCUCUGGGAAGGUAAGGACCUGGCAGCAGUGCAGAGGACCCUGUCAGCUCUUGGCAGCUUGGCCGUUACCAAGGAUGAGGGCACAUACCAGGGUGACCCAAACUGGUUCUUCAAGAAAGCACAGGAGAACAAGCGAGAAUUUUCAGAUGAUCAGAUCAAGGCGGGCAAAAAUGUGAUUGGUCUCCAGAUGGGGUCGAACAAGGGAGCCAGUCAGGAAGGCAUGAGCUACGGAAGGCAAAGACAAAUUCUCUAAAAUCCCCGAGCAAUAGAAAUUACACCAACCUGAUGCCCAUUGCACCAUCAGAGAGCCAGUGUUUACUAGCCUUUGGUAAAAAGGUUCUACAAAAAAUCUUUCCAAUUCAAUAACCCCUUGCUGCUUCAUAGCAUAUCUACUUUCUAAUUAACUACCACAAGUCUCGACUCUUGACACAAACCACUGCUAACUUUCGCAGAGCCUCACCUUGCGCUGUUCUGUAACUCAGUUUAUAAAGUUCAGUUAUAUUCUGUUUAUAAAAAGCAGUCAAUGUAAAAAUGACAUACUGCUAGGGGGGAGGGAUCAGAUGAUGUGACAAACUGAGUUGUUGAGUUCUGCAACAUUAUUGCAAAUUUCAUUGUAUAGAAUUAUCUUGGAUUUGGUCUCAAGAAGAAAAACGUUACCAACGAUACUGUGUAUGGCAACACUAUCGUCAUGGGGAAAUUUCUAUAUUACUUAGAAAAAAAGGAUCCAUACCUCCCACUAUCUAUGCCUGCUGUAUCAGCAUUAAUAUGUUUUGUACAUUUUCAUAUUAAAUAAUGACUUGGAAGUA